ACACAUAUUGAAAGAUAUUAUUUUCCAAUCUGAAUAUUUGCCGGAAACAGGAAAGAAGAAAAGUUGAGUUUCUACAUGCUCUCAACCCAUCACUGAAUCACUGUUUAGUGUUUACCUCCCCUCUUUUCACCAGUCAGUGAGUGAGUCACCAUUCACCACCCAAGAUGGGAAACCACCAUACUAUCUCCUUUUCCAUCUUCCUCAUCUUACUCCUCGUCUCUCGUCUAAACUCCACUCAACAAGAACAUGAACAUGAAGAAGAUCAACAAAAUCCCAUCAUCACCCGAUUCCAAACCUACCUGCGUUUCAAAACAUCCCACCCGAAUCCAAACUACACCGCCCCAGUCUCCUUCCUCACAGCUCAAGCCCGCUCCAUCGGGCUCCAGGCCCGCAUACUAGAGUUCAUCUCCGGAAAACCAGUACUCAUCAUCACCUGGCCCGGUUCAAGGCCCGACCUCCCUUCUAUCCUCUUCAACUCCCACCUGGACUCCGUCCCAGCAGAGCCCAGCAAGUGGGUCCAUCCUCCAUUUUCUGCUGUACGAGCUGCCGAUGGGAAGAUAUUUGGCCGUGGUGCUCAAGAUGACAAGUGUAUUGGCAUGCAGUAUCUCGAGGCCAUCCGGAACCUUCGGGAACUCCGCGGGGUUGAGCAGCCUAUUAGGACCGUCCACCUAUCAUAUGUACCCGACGAGGAAAUUGGGGGCGUUGAUGGGGCAGCUAAGUUGGCGGAGUCUAAGGAAUUUCAGGAACUCAAUGUGGGAUUUGUCAUGGAUGAGGGGCAGGCCUCGCCAACUGACGACUUUCGGGUUUUCUACGCUGAUCGUUCGCCGUGGCAUGUCACGAUUAAGGCAGUCGGACCUCCGGGGCAUGGCUCUAGGAUGUAUGAUAAUAGUGCCAUGGAGAAUUUGAUGAUCAGUAUUGAGAUUAUUACCAAAUUCAGGGACUCUCAAUUUGAUUUGGUAAAGAAAGGUUACGCCGCUAAUUCUCAAGUCAUCUCUGUGAAUCCUGUGUUUUUGAAUGCUGGAAUUCAAACCUCUAAUGGAUUUGCUAUGAACAUGCAGCCAUCAGAGGCUGAGGCAGGGUUUGAUAUUCGGUUGCCGCCCACUGCGGAUCUGGAGCUUAUUAGAAAUAGAAUUGCUCAUGAAUGGGCUCCUGCAUCAAGGAAUAUGACAUUCAAGAUUGUUGAAAAAGGACCGAAUAGGGACUUCUUGGGCCACCCCUUGAUGACGUCAACUGAUGAUACCAACCCGUGGUGGUCUGUUUUUGUGCAAGCUAUUACAGCGGUCGGAGGAAAACUUGGGAACCCUGAAAUCUUGGCUUCGACAACUGAUGCUAGAUAUAUGAGACAGAGGGGCAUCCCCGCUUUAGGGUUUUCUCCGAUGGCAAAUACUCCAAUAUUGCUUCAUGAUCAUAAUGAGUUCCUGCAAGAUGCUGUAUAUUUAAGGGGAGUUGCAGUGUAUGAAUCUGUAAUUAGUUUUUUGAGUUCAUUCAAGGGAAAUGAGAAAUAAUACUUUUUUAGCCGUGGAAUGAUGGAAAUCAUGGGCUAAUAAUGGGAGUUUGUUAGUAUUGACUUCCUGUCUAAAUUGUGGCGUCUAAUCUACACUGUAAAUUUGUAAUUGUCCUACCCCAACCUGUAUUAUGACUUCUUAAUUUUUUUAUUUUCACUGAUUAAACUUAAUGUGAUAUCGUACACUUUGAUUUUCUUUCUA